AUGGUCAAGAGGCCGUCAUUUGUGGGGAACGUGGUGUCCGAGAACGCUGGGGCCGUUGGCGACACAGGCGAAACGGUGAUCCCGCUGACGAAGUUGAAGGCGUCGGAGGCGUUCGACAGUGCGCUGGUGAUGGAGCUGACGGCGGGCACACAAUUCGAGGUCGUGGAGGUAGGGGAGGCGCCAAACCGCAUCAGGGUGACCACUCCCGCUGGGCAUGCCGGCUGGAUCAGCAAGGCCACAGAGCAGGGCAAGCCGAUCGUGAAGUGGGUCCGCAAGAGACACACCAGCUUUUCCAAGGACAACGGCAUGGAGCGGAAGACCAGCGGUGACCACGCCACCAAGAGCGUCAGCGGCGACAUGCCGACGAAGGACGGGCUGGUUGUGGGAGAUGUCUGCGAGACUGUCAUUCAGGGCAUGACCCUUCGCGAAAGCGAGGACUUCAGGAGCGCCGCUCUCGGGCAAAUCCCAGAAGGCACGCAGUUCGAGGUCGUGAGUACUGCACCUGCGAACAGGGUGAAGGUGAUCGUGCCGAGCUCAGUCCUGGAAGGUGGGGCCGUGGGCUGGAUCAGCUCCCACACGGAUGCCGGCAAGAAGCUGGUCAAGGUGAUCAAGUCGGGGCCGGGCAAGAAAAGGAAAAGCUUCAACCUCGCCGGGAGCUUGUCCAUCCCGCUGGGCCAGGGACAACAGAAGGCCACGGUGGAGGCGGUGCCCCCUGGCAUGAGGCUUUCUCUGUUGCCCGUGCGCGAAUCCCGGACGACGCCCGACGCCCACCCGGCUUCCGUGGAGAAGGCGUUCUUGGAGGAGCCAGGCCGGUCGGAGACGCAGGAGUCCCCGGAUGCUACGGAGAGCGUCGAGGUCCGGGAUGCCAAGGCCAGGGCCCGGGCGCAGAAGGCCGGGGAGAUGCGCCGGCGGGCGUCGGCAGCACGAGCGCCCCGGGCCGUGAGCCAGCCGACGUGGUGGGCCCGCCUGGCCUGCUGCAGCGGGUGA